GAGUGCCUGCCGCACGCUAGCAGAAAAUAAUCAUAUGUAUGCAAACUCAAGCACGUCACGUUCAGGCUGAGGUCCCCUCACCAUAUCUUACCCCACCAUCCCCUCUGCUGUAAUUUUAGUUUGAUCUUUUUCCCAUAUGCCCAAUCUUGCUCUCCUAGCUCGAGCUACCUCCGUUGCAGCACCCAAAACCGCCUCUACUCGUCUUCUAUCUCUCUCUCGUCAAUUCUCAAGCUCUUCUGCAAUCAUGGCGCCUGUACCAAAGGAGUGUGACUACCUCGUCAUUGGAGGUGGUAGUGGCGGACUGGCUUCUGCUAGAAGAGCCGCUGGAUACUACGGAGCAAAGACGAUUGCGGUAGAGAGCAAACGUCUGGGGGGAACUUGCGUUAACGUGGGGUAAGUGCCAUCGACUUGCUGAAUAGUGGGUUGUACUGACGAACUCCAAGAUGUGUACCUAAAAAGGUGACCUUCCACGCCGCUGCCAUCGCCGAAACAAUACACGAAGCCAAGGCCUAUGGCUUUUCAGUAGAGCACACGGCUCCCUUCGAUUGGAAAACCUUCAAGCACAAGAGAGAUGCAUUUAUCAAGAGGCUGAACGCAAUCUACGAGAAGAACUUGGGCAAUGACAAGAUCGAGUAUAUUCACGGCCGAGCCCAUCUGACUGGAAAAGAUGAGGCAGAGGUUGUUUUGGACGACGGCACAAAACAAGUAAUCAAGGCAAAGAAGAUUCUUCUAGCAGUUGGUGGACACCCAACCAUCCCUCAAGGCAUCCCAGGCGCCGAUUACGGUACAAACAGUGAUGGAUUUUUUGACAUCGAGACUCAAGCAAAGAAAGUUGCUCUUGUAGGUGCUGGAUACAUUGCCGUUGAAUUUGCUGGCAUGUUCAAUGCUCUGGGCACAGAGACACAUUUGUUCAUUCGACAUGACAAGUUCCUGAGAUCUUUCGAUCCAAUGGUGCAAGAUGCCGUCACAGCUGAGUAUGAGAGAUUGGGCAUUCAUAUCCACAAGAAUUCUAGCCAAAGCAAAGUUGAGAAGGAUGAGAAGACCGGAAAACUUACCGUUCACUACGAAGACUCAAAUGGAAAGGGGGCUCUUGAGGGUGUUGACAGUCUGAUUUGGGCUAUUGGCCGUUCACCAGAAGUCGAAGAUCUUGGACUGGAUAAAGCCGGUGUCAAGCAGGAUGAGAAGGGCCGAAUUAUCGCAGACGAGUACCAAAACACCAACGUUGAGAACAUCUAUUCUCUUGGUGAUGUUGUUGGAAAGGUUGAGCUUACUCCUGUGGCAAUCGCUGCUGGUCGCAAACUUAGUGACCGUCUUUUCGGACCUGAAAAGUUCAAGAACUCCAAACUCGAUUAUGACAACGUUCCUUCGGUCGUUUUUGCGCACCCGGAAGUUGGUAGCAUUGGUCUUACUGAGCCACAAGCUAUUGAGAAAUACGGAAAGGAUGACAUCAAGGUGUAUACCACAAGCUUUACUACCUUGUACUACGCAAUGAUGGAACAGGAUCAAAAGGGACCUACAAAGUACAAGAUCGUCUGUCAAGGACCUAACGAGAAGGUUGUUGGUCUUCACAUUCUUGGUAUGGGAAGUGGUGAGAUGUUACAAGGAUUUGGCGUUGCUAUUAAGAUGGGCGCGACAAAGGCGGACUUUGAUAGUUGUGUAGCUAUCCAUCCUACUAGUGCUGAGGAGUUGGUCACCAUGAAGUAA